AUGCCGCCGAAGAAGGCAGCCAUCUUGGCCGCAGCGUCCAAGUCAGGAGGCAAGAAGAAGAAGUGGUCCAAGGGAAAGGUCAAGGACAAGGCCCAAAACAUGGUCGUCCUCGACAAGCCCACUUACGACAAGAUUGUCAAGGAGGUGCCCACCUUCAAGAUGAUCUCGCAGUCGGUUCUCAUUGACCGUAUGAAGAUCAACGGAUCGCUCGCUCGUGUUGCCAUGCGCCACUUGGAGAGGGAGGGCCAGAUCAAGAAGGUCAUCCAUCACCACGGCCAGUGGCUCUACACCAGGAGUGGGAGCGACUAA